AUGCCUCGACUUUCGGAUGCCUGGAAAGGUAAACUGGACGAUUUCAAGUCUCUGGUGAAACAAGCGGGCGGCAAGAUUACGCACGAAUAUUCGCUGGUCAAGGGUUUUUCCAUGGAACUGCCUUCUGCACACUCGUCAGAUAUUGUUAAUCAGCUUUCGAAGUAUGCUAAAAAGCUGCAAUGCAAUCUCAACAUCGAACAGGAUCAGGAAGUGCACGCCAUGAAAAAGGGUCCCAAUGGCCCAGUGCAUUGA